UCUUGAUGUUUCUAUCAUCUUUGGUUUCUCCAGCAACCGAACAUGGCGGCGCUUAUGGGAGUCCGUGCGUGCUUCUCCGCCCUUCAGCUCUCGUCGCCAAGUCUCCUGCACAGCUCUUUCCGACUGUGUGCUGUCCCUCUGAGCCAUCGGACCUUUGCUACAGUGGUUAAGAAGACGUUCUCUCGAGACAAGCCCCAUGUGAAUGUCGGAACAAUUGGCCACGUAGAUCACGGCAAGACUACACUGACUGCAGCCAUUACAAAAGUGCUCGCUGACGCGGGUGGGGCUAAUUACAAGAAGUAUGAAGACAUUGAUAAUGCCCCUGAAGAGAAGGCCAGAGGAAUCACCAUUAACGCCUCUCAUGUGGAAUAUUCCACGGCCAACAGACAUUACGCACACACAGACUGUCCUGGCCAUGCAGACUACGUCAAGAAUAUGAUUACAGGCACGGCUCAGAUGGACGGCUGCAUCCUGGUGGUGGCAGGCACAGAUGGACAGAUGCCUCAGACACGCGAACACCUCCUGCUGGCCAGGCAGAUCGGUGUUGAGCACGUGGUGGUUUUCAUCAACAAGGCUGACGCCGUGGAGGACAAGGAGAUGCUGGAGCUGGUGGAGAUCGAGAUCCGCGAGCUGCUCACAGAGUUUGGCUACGAUGGCGAGAAUACGCCUGUUGUAAUAGGCUCCGCCCUCUGUGCCUUGGAGAACAGAGAGCCUGAACUGGGUGUGAACGCAGUGAUGAAACUUCUUGAGAUUGUGGAUUCUUACGUUCCUUUGCCCAAGAGAGAGCUGGACAAGCCUUUCCUUCUGCCCAUUGAAGGGGUUUUCUCCAUCCCAGGCAGGGGCACGGUGGUCAGUGGCACUUUGGAGAGAGGUGUCAUCAAGAAAGGAGAUGACUGUGAGUUUGUGGGUCACAAUCGCUGUUUGAAGUCUGUUGUUACAGCUAUUGAGAUGUUCCACAAGUCUCUGGACCAGGCAGAGGGAGGAGAUAACCUGGGCGCUCUGGUCCGAGGCCUGAAGAGAGAGGACGUUAGAAGGGGGAUGGUGAUGUGCAAACCAGGAUCCAUCAUGCCUCACCAGAAAGUCCAAGCUCAGGUCUAUAUUCUGAGUAAGGAGGAGGGUGGAAGACACAAACCGAUUCUCACCAACUACAUGCCCAUCAUGUACUCCCUAACCUGGGACAUGACCUGCCGAAUCGCACUACCCUCUGGCAAGGACAUGGUGAUGCCAGGAGAGGACACGCCUUUGAACCUGACGCUCCGCCAGCCCAUGGUUUUGGAGCAAGGACAGCGGUUCACUCUGAGAGAUGGAAAACAAACAAUCGGCACCGGUCUGGUCACAGAAAUCCUGACUUUCACAGAUGAAGACCAGUGCAACUGGGGCUGAAAGAGAUUCUGCAUGGAGAGGUGGAGAGGGGGGACUAUAGAGUGGAGGCGGGGGGGUCAAUGAAUACUGAUUUAAACAAAUACAUCAACUCAUGCAUAAAAGAAAACUACUCGAAUGAUCGCGCAUCGCUGUCAAUUCCACUCAACCAAAAUAUGUUGCAAAAUGUCAAAACUGUCAGAAUUCAAUGUCAUUUAUGUAAUAAAAUGUAUUUAAUAAUAGAAAAA